AUGCCUGCAAAAGCAGGAGGUGGUACUGGCGCAAGCCGGUCGAGAAGAAACAUAAGCGCCGACAACAAAGCACAACAGUCCGCCACGACACAACAAAAUGGUCACGUUGGCAGAAGCUCAAUAGCGAAAACAACAAGCCAACCAAAAUUCAACAUUGCACCUCUGAUUUUAGAGGGAGUUAAAAUCAACAAAAUUCAAUUGAAUGACAUCCUGAAACAACACUUAAGCGAUGUUAGAAUAAAAGAUAUCCAACUGAGCCGUACAGGAAUCUUUACACUAUACUCGGCUGACGUAAAAUCAUUCAACCGGCUGUUAAAUGAAUUAACAGCAAUCUUGGAAAGCAAUGGUCAAGCAUCAGUCAAAGUAUACGUUCCUCGUUCGAUUCAGAGAAUAACUGACACCGAAAAAGUGGCUUUUAUCAAAAGAGUCGACCUUGAAUUGCCGACUGAAAGAAUAGCCGAAGCAUUAAAAACCGUUGGUCUAGAUGUAACGAAUGUUAUUCGUUUAGCAGGCAAAGAUGGAAAGACUCCAACUAGAACGGUGAAGGUAACAUUCAGCGAUGUACAAAAUCGAAACACGUUUGUACAUACUGGACUGCAAGUGGAUUGCAUGCACUUCACAGCAGAGCCAGCAGUACAAAACUCAAAGCCGGUGCAAUGUUAUAUUUGCUUAAAAUACAAUCAUGUAGCGAAGUACUGCAGAACAAAACAGC